AUGAUGAAUGUGCUGCCCCUCCUCCUGCUGCUGGCCAUGUGCUGGCCUGUGCAAGGCACACCAAGCAACUGUGUGACCUGUGGGCUCCGGCCCAUGGCCGAUCACUACGGCAUGAUGCGCGUCGUGGGUGGCACGAAUGCCCAGCCAGGGGCCUGGCCCUGGAUCGUCAGCAUCCAGAAUCCCUGGUAUUCAGGCGUUGGGCAUGUAUGUGGAGGGUCCCUCAUCAGCCCACAAUGGGUCCUCACAGCAGCACACUGCUUCGAUAAUGCAAGUUAUGUCAUGAUGUGGCGUGUGGUGAUCGGUGCCAACCGGUUGACUCAGCUGGGCCCUGAGGUUGAAGUGCACAAUAUUAAGCGGCUGGUGAUUCAUGAAUACUAUAGAAAUAUCAAAACAGGGCACGACGUUGCACUGCUGGAAUUGGACCAACCUGUCCAGUGCAGCCAAUAUAUACAACUUGCCUGCGUGCCUGACGCCUCACUGAGAGUGUCAGAGCUGUCAACCUGCUACAUCAGUGGUUGGGGUUCCACACAGGAAAGAUCUGGACGAUCUCCUGAUGUCCUGCAGGAGGCCAUGGUCCAUCUCAUUGACAUCAAACUCUGCAACAGCAGCCGGUGGUAUAGAGGGGCCAUCAAGACCCACAACUUGUGUGCUGGUUAUAUGCAGGGUGGCAUCGACACCUGCCAGGGUGACAGCGGUGGUCCUCUCGUGUGCAAAGAUAACACUGCUGACUACUUCUGGCUCGUUGGUGUGACCAGCUGGGGGACAGGCUGUGGUAGAAUGCGUCGGCCUGGAGUAUACGCCUCCACUCAGCACUUUUACGAAUGGAUCCUGGUACAGAUGGGACUGCACACAUCAGUACGAACCUCUCCAACAUCACGGGAUUGGAGUCAUUUUCUCACUGCCUCCACUCCUUUCCAGAGGCCAAGGCCAAUACCAACACAAACAAGCAAGAUUAACGCCUGCCCUUUUCCACUUCAGAAACUCCUGGAAUUCUUUACUCGGGUGCAGGAGCUCCUGUAUGCCCUAAGGGGAAAUAAUGCUUGA